AUGCUGCACAGUGUUGACACGUGCUCCUGCCACUUCAACGCAAUUCCACUCCACAGAUGCCACAAUAGGUAUAAGAACGCCCUCGUCAGACCGUCCGGGACGAGCCAAUCCCAUGAUACAUCAGCUGCCUCGAACAUGAUACGCUCUUUUCUGUUAGUGGCCGCUGUGGCCUCGGCGACUUCGGCCCGUGUGAUGGAUAGUCUUGCAGCUGUCCCGAGGGGGUGGGAAUCAGUCCGUCCAGCGUUGCCAGAAGAGACGGUAUCUCUUCGCAUUGCCCUCAAACAGCAGCGAGCUGAAGCCCUGGAACAAGCCGUCCUCGAUAUCUCGACUCCCGGACAUCCCAAAUACGGCAGACACCUAACCCGCGAUGAGCUCAGGUCCUACACAACUCCCUCCCAGUCAGCCACUCUCGCCGUCACCCGUUGGCUCGAGGAUCACAACAUCCAGACUGCGGUUGCCGACAAUGACUGGGUUACCUUCAGCACCACGGUCGAAAACGCCAGCCAUCUUCUCAAGACGGAUUUUGCCUGGUAUCGGAACGUCGAGAACAACAUCGAGCUCAAGCUGCGGACACUUGCCUACUCGGUGCCAGAUGAGGUGGCACCACACAUUGAUCUGGUGCAGCCCACCACUCGGUUCGGCCAGCCUGUUGCCAAACGGUCCACCAUCUUCGAGAUGCACCAUCUUGAUGCCAAUGCUGCCAAUAAGAUCAAGCUUGCCGCCGCCGGCCAAGCAAACUGCAACCUUACCAUCACCCCGGAUUGUCUCAAGUGGCUGUACGACAUCAAGUACAAACCCACAGAUUCGAUUGAGAACACGAUUGCAUUUGCUUCGUUUUUGGAGCAGUACGCCCGCUAUGACGACUUCCAGACGUUUCAGAGCAGGUAUAUUCCAGAAGCGCAGGGGCAGAACUUCACUGUCGAGCUGGUUAACGGCGGUUUGGAUGAUCAAAAUAGCUGGCGUGACAGUGGUGAAGCAAACCUCGAUGUCCAGUACAUCCACGCAGUCAGCCACCCUGCUCCCAUACUCCAAUACAGCACGGGCGGGCGCGGUCCCCUGAUCCCCACCAAGACCCAGCCCAAGCCCCCGGGCACCAACGAGCCUUAUCUCGAAUGGCUCACCUACCUCCUCAACCAGACCGACGACAAGAUACCCAAGGUCAUCUCGGUCUCGUACGGCGAAGAGGAACAGUCGAUUCCCCGUGACUACGCCGUCAAGGUCUGCAACAUGUUCAUGCAGCUCGGAGGACGUGGUGUCUCGGUCAUCUUUGCGUCGGGGGACUCAGGUCCAGGCACGCAUUGCAUCCGUAGCACGGACAAUGCGACCUUCUUUGAGCCAACCUUCCCGGCCGGCUGCCCCUAUGUCACCUCGGUGGGGGCCACGUACCUCACCAACCCCGAGAAAGCCAUCAGCUUCUCGUCUGGCGGCUUCAGCAUGUAUCACCCAAGACCGCAGUGGCAGAGGACGGCCGUGGAGCCGUACCUGCGAACGAUUGGAGACACGUAUGCGCCCUACUUUGACCCCCGCGGCAGGGCCAUACCGGACAUCUCAGCUCAGGGGUCCAACUUCAAUGUCAUUGACAAGGGAUACAACUCGCUGCUGUCAGGCACGAGCGCUUCGGCGCCGGUGGUGGCCGGGAUUGUGGGCCUGUUGAACGCGGCGAGAUAUACACUGGGGUUGCCGUCGCUGGGGUUCUUGAACCCGUGGUUGUACAACAAUUCGGAUGCUUUCACCGAUGUGGUUGCCGGGGCUGGAGUCGGGUGCCGAAGGCGUAAGGAGCUGGGGUACGGCGGCGCGUCCUGGAAUGCCACGGUGGGUUGGGAUCCGGUGACGGGGUUGGGCACGCCCAAGUUUGGAAGACUGUUGCAGCUGGCGGCCCCGGGGGUUGCCAAUGCCUAG